AGUGGAGGGGAAUCCUGUCAUGUUCAUGGUAGUCACGGGAGCAGAAAAUUCAGUAUUACUAGCCCCGAGAGGGCCAAUGUCCACUAAAACAACAUGGGUUCAAGGUGCGACGGGCACUAAACCCUAUAAAUGGACUACUCGAAGAACAGUGGACUUGGGAGCAGGCCACUCAUUUUUAGUCAUCCCUGACUACCCCUAUCCACUGCUUGGAUGUUACCUCUUAACAAAAAGGAAAGCUCAGAUAAAGUUCACAGGCAGUGGGGCUUCUGUGAUGAACUCAAGAGAAAAACCUGUUAAUAUACUGAUAAAUAGUAAGUUGGGAGAGGAGUAUAGGCUAUACCAGCAUCCCAAGCCAGAGUCCCAAAAUGAGUGGCUACGGGCGUUUCCCCAAGCAUGGGCAGAAACUGGGGGAAUGGGACUGGCAAAACAAGGUCAUCCAAUCUUUGUGGAACUAAAAGCUGGGGCCAACCCAGUAAGAGUUCGCCAGUACCCUAUGUCACUAGAGGCAAAGAAGGGGAUCACUCCUUACUUCAGAAAAUUGUUAGAUUUAGGAGUCCUGAAGCCCAUCCGGUCAGCCUGGAAUACUCCACUGUUGCCUGUCAAAAAGCCUAAUUCUAAUUAUUACAGACCAGUGCAAGACUUGAGAGAAGUUAACAAGAGAGUAAUGGACAUUCACCCAACUGUCCCAAACCCAUAUACCCUGCUGAGCUCCCUGUCACUGAGCCAUGUGUGGUAUACUGUGUUGGAUCUAAAGGAUGCCUUCUUUAGCCUGCCCUUAACCCCACAGAGCCAAAGCUACUUUGCAUUUACUUGGCAUGAUCCUGAGAUCGGGAUAAGAGGUCAACUGACCUGGACCAGGCUGCCUCAAGGAUUUAAGAUUUCGCCUACCAUCUUUGACGAUGUGUUACAUGAAGAC